AUGGAUGACUCCACAGGGGAACAGUCACGCCUUUCUCGCCUUAAGACCAGAGACGAAAUGAAACUGAAGGGGACAGUCUUCAUCCUCCCCCAGAAGGAAAGCCCCUCUGUCCGCUUCUCCAAAGAUGGAAAGCUGCUGGCCGUGACCCUGCUGCUGGCCCUGCUGUCGUGCUGCCUCGCGGUGCUCUCCUUCUGCCGCGUGGCUUCCCUGCAAGCAGAGCUGGGAAGGCUCCGGGAGGAGCUGCGGGAGCUGCCCGGCGUCCCUCAGGCGGGAGCCGCAGCCCCCAGGGCCGCCCUGCGGGAGGCUGCAGCUGCAACCUCCGCCCUGAAAGGGAGCUUUGCGCUACCAACUCCAGGAGAAAGCAACUCCAGCCAAAGCAGCAGGAGUAAGCGUGGCCUGCAGGAUGCAGAAGAAACAGUCACUCAAGACUGCUUGCAAUUGAUUGCAGACAGUGACACGCCUACCAUACGAAAAGGAGCUUACACAUUUGUUCCAUGGCUUCUCAGCUUUAAAAGAGGAAGAGCGCUAGAAGAAAAAGAGAAUAAAAUAUUGGUCAAAGAAACGGGUUACUUCUUUAUAUACGGUCAGGUUUUAUACACCGAUAACACCUUUGCCAUGGGACACCUAAUACAGAGGAAAAAAGUCCAUGUCUUUGGGGACGAAUUGAGUCUGGUGACUUUGUUCCGAUGUAUUCAAAAUAUGCCUGAAACACUACCCAAUAAUUCCUGUUAUUCAGCUGGCAUCGCAAAGCUGGAGGAAGGAGAUGAACUCCAGCUGGCAAUACCACGCGAAGAUGCUAAAAUAUCCCGGGAUGGAGAUGGCACGUUUUUUGGUGCACUGAAACUUCUGUGA